GCGGGGCGCCUAUAUUACGUGCGCGGGGCCGCCCCUGCGAGAGGACGUUGCGUGCUCGCUCGCGCCAGGCGAGUCUCCGCGUCUCCCUCGCGAACUCGGUGAAAGGAAUUGGCGCCGUUCGACACCAGGCGGAUCCGCUCUGCAGCACGAACUCAUCUCCAGCCGCAGCCGCCGCCCGGGCCGAGGAGCAGCCGCAGCAGCCGCCACCAGUGGCCGAGUGAGCGGAGCCGAGUUUGAGGCAGCGCCUAGCGGUGAAUCGGGGCCCUCACCAUGAGUUCCUCGCCUGUUAAUGUAAAAAAGCUGAAGGUGUCGGAGCUGAAAGAGGAGCUCAAGAAGCGACGCCUUUCUGACAAGGGUCUCAAGGCCGAGCUCAUGGAGCGACUCCAGGCCGCGCUGGACGACGAGGAGGCCGGGGGCCGCCCCGCCAUGGAGCCCGGGAACGGCAGCCUAGACCUGGGCGGGGAUUCCGCUGGGCGCUCGGGAGCAGGCCUCGAGCAGGAGGCCGCGGCCGGCGGCGAUGAAGAGGAGGAGGAAGAGGAAGAGGAGGAGGAAGGAAUCUCCGCCCUGGACGGCGACCAGAUGGAGCUAGGAGAGGAGAACGGGGCCGCGGGGGCGGCCGACUCGGGCCCGAUGGAGGAGGAGGAGGCCGCCUCGGAAGACGAGAACGGCGACGAUCAGGGUUUCCAGGAAGGGGAAGAUGAGCUCGGGGACGAAGAGGAAGGCGCGGGCGACGAGAACGGGCACGGAGAGCAGCAGCCUCAACCGCCGGCGACGCAGCAGCAACAGCCCCAACAGCAGCGCGGGGCCGCCAAGGAGGCCGCGGGGAAGAGCAGCGGCCCCACCUCGCUGUUCGCGGUGACGGUGGCGCCGCCCGGGGCGAGGCAGGGCCAGCAGCAGGCGGGAGGGGACGGCAAAACAGAACAGAAAGGCGGAGAUAAAAAGAGGGGUGUUAAAAGACCACGAGAAGAUCAUGGCCGUGGAUAUUUUGAGUACAUUGAAGAGAACAAGUAUAGCAGAGCCAAAUCUCCUCAGCCACCUGUUGAAGAAGAAGAUGAACACUUCGAUGACACAGUGGUUUGUCUUGAUACUUAUAAUUGUGAUCUACAUUUUAAAAUAUCAAGAGAUCGUCUCAGUGCUUCUUCCCUUACAAUGGAGAGUUUCGCUUUUCUUUGGGCUGGAGGAAGAGCAUCCUAUGGUGUGUCAAAAGGCAAAGUGUGUUUUGAGAUGAAGGUUACAGAGAAGAUCCCAGUAAGGCAUUUAUAUACAAAAGAUAUUGACAUACAUGAAGUUCGUAUUGGCUGGUCACUAACUACAAGUGGCAUGUUACUUGGUGAAGAAGAAUUUUCUUACGGGUAUUCUCUAAAAGGAAUAAAAACAUGCAACUGUGAGACUGAAGAUUAUGGAGAAAAGUUUGAUGAAAAUGAUGUGAUUACAUGUUUUGCUAACUUUGAAAGUGAUGAAGUAGAACUCUCCUAUGCUAAGAAUGGACAAGAUCUUGGCAUUGCCUUCAAAAUCAGUAAGGAAGUUCUUGCUGGACGGCCACUCUUCCCGCACGUUCUCUGUCACAACUGUGCAGUUGAAUUUAAUUUUGGUCAGAAGGAAAAGCCAUAUUUUCCAAUACCUGAAGAGUAUACUUUUAUCCAGAAUGUCCCCUUAGAGGAUCGAGUUAGGGGACCAAAGGGGCCUGAAGAGAAGAAGGAUUGUGAAGUUGUGAUGAUGAUUGGCUUGCCAGGAGCUGGAAAAACUACCUGGGUUACUAAGCAUGCAGCAGAAAAUCCAGGGAAAUACAACAUUCUUGGCACAAAUACUAUUAUGGAUAAAAUGAUGGUGGCAGGUUUUAAGAAGCAAAUGGCAGAUACUGGAAAACUGAACACACUGUUGCAGAGAGCCCCCCAGUGUCUUGGGAAAUUUAUUGAGAUUGCUGCCCGAAAGAAGCGAAAUUUUAUUCUGGAUCAGACCAAUGUGUCUGCUGCUGCCCAGAGGAGAAAAAUGUGCCUGUUUGCAGGCUUCCAGCGAAAAGCUGUUGUAGUUUGCCCAAAAGAUGAAGACUAUAAGCAGAGAACACAGAAGAAAGCAGAAGUAGAGGGGAAAGACCUACCAGAACAUGCGGUCCUCAAAAUGAAAGGAAACUUUACCCUCCCAGAGGUAGCUGAGUGCUUUGAUGAAAUAACCUAUGUUGAACUUCAGAAGGAAGAAGCCCAAAAACUUUUGGAGCAAUAUAAGGAAGAGAGCAAAAAGGCUCUUCCACCAGAAAAGAAACAGAACACUGGCUCAAAGAAAAGCAAUAAAAAUAAGAGUGGCAAGAACCAGUUUAACAGAGGUGGUGGCCAUAGAGGACGUGGAGGAUUCAAUAUGCGUGGUGGAAAUUUCAGAGGAGGAGCCCCUGGGAAUCGUGGUGGAUAUAAUAGGAGGGGCAACAUGCCACAGAGAGGUGGUGGUGGCGGAGGAAGUGGUGGAAUCGGCUAUCCAUACCCUCGUGCCCCUGUUUUUCCUGGCCGUGGUAGUUACUCAAACAGAGGGAACUACAACAGAGGUGGAAUGCCCAACAGAGGGAACUACAACCAGAACUUCAGAGGACGAGGAAACAAUCGUGGCUACAAAAACCAAUCUCAGGGCUACAACCAGUGGCAGCAGGGUGUAAGUAACUUCUUACGUGCUUUAUGUACAUUAACUGUAUUUUCAGUUCCUAAGAUUUAUCAGUCUUGAAAAAGAUCUUGUCCAGGGAUUGAAGUGUUUGUAAGUGUUAAUAGGGUCAAGUGUGAAUCGUGUUGCAGUAGUAGCCAUGAUGUACCUUUUGAAGUCAAAAUAGGUUGAAGAUUGCUAUAAGUUAAAUUUUUUUAAUAAAGUAAUAUUAUUUAAUAUAUACAUUUCUUUUACUGCUAGCUUUAAUUGUGUAAACUAACAAAGUCAUGAUGUGUUCCGUUUUGUAAUGUGUAUUGAUAAUUAUGGGAUAUUAAAACUAAAUCUGGUUUGGUAGAAAUCAGAGGUAUGACAGGUAUAAAUUUGUUUCCAGCAAAUUACUCUGAAUUAGAUUCAUUGUCAUUUCCUAAAAACAGUUUGAGUGGCUUAUUGAUGUUUUUUCUUUAAAAACAAAAUUUUCUCUUACAGCAAUUCUGGGGUCAGAAGCCAUGGAGUCAGCAUUAUCACCAAGGAUAUUAUUGAAUACCCAAAUAAAACGAACUGAUACAUAUUUCUCCAAAACCUUCACAAGAAGUCGACUGUUUUCUUUAGUAGGCUAACUUUUUAAACAUUCCACAAGAGGAAGUGCCUGCGGGUUCCUUUUUUAGAAGCUUUGUGGGUUGAUUUUUUUUCUUUUCUUUUUUGUACAUUUUUAAUUGCAGUUUAAAAGUGAAUCGUAAGAGAACCUCAGCAUUGUGCACGAUAAGAGAAUGUGUCAGUAUUUCAGGGUUCUACAUUUUAUCUGUAAAAUGUGACUUUUUUUUUUUUUAUCACAACAGAAGUAAAAUGUUGCUUUGUACCUGGUGUCUUUUAUUAAGAAUUUACUCCCCCCAUUUCUCACAGAGAAUAACAGUCGGGAGUCAUUGUCACAAUAUAAUAGAAAUGUUAGCAACCAGAUUCAUGUAAGGACUAAGUGGUCCUCAUGAAUUGCAUUAAGACUCUGUACUGCUCAUAUUACACUCCAUCCUCUCUGUAGUUUGCUGGGUAGUGGAGGGGGUAAGCUAAAUCGUAGUUUCUGACAAUAACUGGGAAGGUUUUUUCUUAAAUAACAAUGGAAUUGGUAUAAUUGGGAUUGAAAACUAAAACUUGGAACUAAGAUAGAGAAGAUGGAGUGUAUGUAGAAGGGCUGUUAAAAAUGUAAAACUUGGUUGCAUUAUUUGUGGAGGCUCAAACUUGUGAAGGUUAAAUACCAUAAUUUUUCCAUUUGUUCUGCAUUUUGAUUCUGAAAAGAAAGCUGGCUUUGCCCAUUUCUUAUUAAAAAAACUUGUUGUAAA